GUUAUUUCAGUUAUUUGAAGAUGACCCCGUCAACAAUCAACGCCUUAUUGAUAUGUUUAGGAAUGUAUACUGUUAAUUCUUCAGUAAAUGUUGCGUUCAUGAAACCGACUUGGAUGUCUUCGGGAUUGGAUGGAUAUAUCAGACCUGAACUUGUAGUGGACGGAUUUCUUUUCAAUUGGAUCCACACCGGACAUGAAGAAUUUCCCCGCUGGUGGGUAAACCUAACACAGAAUUGCACUCUAGCAAGGAUAAACAUAUACUAUAGAACAAGUUGGGGCAGGAGAAUGACGGGAUACAAGUUCAUUGUAUCAAACACAGAAUCCACCCACCCGUGGAACAGGGGUCACCAGAUAGAGGGCCACAUAUGUCGUACCGAGACCAGAAGCGAACCACCAGUUCAACAAACCGUUCCAUGUCUGACCAGAGGAAGCUUUAUCACAUACGCCGACGACCAGACAUAUACUAAUGAUCCAAACCCUUUCGUCGAGCUUAGCGAGUUGGAGGCUUUUGGUUGCGUGACUGGUUGGUAUGGCCAGGGAAACUGUGAGGAGCAAUGCCCAGAAGGAUGCUGGGACGGAGUGUGUAACCCGGACAACGGCACGUGUUUUACCGGAUGUAAAAGUGGACUACAAGGACAAACAUGCAAUAAAUGUGAAUACUAUCAACUCCGCAUACCUUAAA